UUUAUCCGGAACCACUAUGUUUGGCCAUAUCCGCUUCACACUCGCUGAGCGAAGAGAAAGCAAAGCGAUCAGGCGGUAGAAAUGGAGAGCAGAAGGGCUGGGAGGGUGAGCGAAAAUGUUGUAGAGACAUGGCGUGGCAGCAUGACAGAAUAAAGGGAUUUCAAUUCUCUUGAAGGAGUUCUCUGUAGCAAUACGAGGCUGAGGAGCCCAGCUAAGUGUCUGGAGGAUUUUCAUUUCGAUUUGCUUUGGUCUUAUCUCGGUUAAUCAGUUAACACAUAACGUUUGUGGUGGGCAGGAUCUGCAGAGAGAAGUCUGCAGCUAACAGUCCAGACUGACAGGAUAAAAGGUAGCUCAGUAUGAGUCGAGAUGGGUGGGCAAGGAAGAGAGCCAAUGCCAGUGAUGACGGUGGUUGGGCUGAAAGGGGUGGCUACAUGGCUGCCAAAGUCUCCAAGCUGGACGAGCAGUUUAAACUUGCUGCCCCCAGGGAAAAACAGAAGGAAGGCACAUGGUCCAACAUCUUCAGUGGAGUAGCCAUUUAUGUCAAUGGAUACACAGAACCAAGUGCAGAUGAGCUACGCAGACUGAUGAUGCUGCACGGUGGGCAGUUCCAUGUCUACUACUCUCGCUCCAAGACCACCCACAUCAUUGCCAGUAACUUGCCCAACAGCAAAAUUCAGGAGCUCAAAGGGGAAAAGGUCAUCAGGCCAGAGUGGAUCACAGACAGCAUCAAGGCUGGGUGUCUCCUGCCUUACCUACAGUACCAGCUGUACGCAAAACAGAAAGGCACACUCUUCCCUGGCAUAAAUCUACAACAGACCUCAGAGAUUGCAAGCCUGAGCCACAGGCCACUGCAGGCGAGCAUCCAUCAAAAGCUUCACCUGCCACAGCGCAACAUUCAGCACUCUGUUCCCAACGAUGAGCAGUCGUCAUGCAGCUACCAAAGCAACAAUCAACUUCAAUCUAUCCAGCACAGCUCUGCAGCUCGUCUCAGCAACCGACCAAGUCACUUAGCAUCCAGUCACCUCAGUAUAGCUCCCAGACACAGAAGCCCUUCACAUACCUACCUGGUGUGUAACUCAAGCUCCACAAUGCCCCCACAGCCUACUCCACAAACACCUCAUCUUAAUCUCCAGCAUCAGAGAGCUGACCAACCACAACCUCAGAUUAACUCUUCUUGCAGCACCCACCAGAGUGGCUGCAAGGAAGUGGAAUUAAAAUUAAAUGGAUUAUUGCAGACCUCACUGGACAUAAUGAGCCAUUCAAAUAUGAAUGAAAUGCAAGAAAAUGGCCAAGAAGAUACUUUCCUGCAGGUGGUGAAGGAAGCACCCCUGACCAAUGGACACACUCACCUUGUUAAUGGUGCCUUAAAGCCAGAGGACCUUUCUCCUCUUACAGAUGUUAACAAGGAACUGCCUGAGUCUGGAGUUAAGAGUCCAGAGGAGAAACCUCCGAGUCCUCCGGUACAGUUUCAGACAAAGUCUGACCCGUACGAGUUUCCUCACAGUCCUCCAAAGCAAACACUUAAACCUCCUCCACCCACAUACCAAGAGGCUUUAAAAGCUACCAAAACCCAGCUCCAGCCAUCCCUUCAGGCUGAUUCAAAUCCUGAGAAGACUCCUCUUUCCCCUGCAUCUCGCUGUUUUCCCCAUUCUCCAGUUCGCCUGAAUGGAAGUCACCACAAUGCCUUUUCAUCACAUUCUGCCUCAUUCAACACAACCAACAUAACAGCCAAUCCUAGACCUCUUACUGACAAGUCAUCGGCACAGCUGCUGGCACAGACAGGUGGUUUGAUCUCUGAGUUCUACUCUCACUCACGUUUACAUCAGAUCUCCACAUGGAGGAACGGCUUUUCUGAAUACGUGAAUGAACUGCACAGCAAAAGAAAAGCAGCAGGAGGUGCCUCCUUUCCUGGAAAAGACCGGCUGAGAAAAUCUGUAGCCCAGUGCUCUACAAGCAACCAAGGUACAGCAACACCUGCAAACGUUAAAUCUUGUAUUCUUCAUGUGGACAUGGACUGUUUCUUUGUGUCUGUGGGGAUCCGACAACGACCGGACCUUAAAGGAAAACCUGUAGCUGUCACCAGUAAUCGUGGACAGGGCAGAGUACCCCUGAGACCUGGGGCGAACCCUCAGCUGGAGAUGCAGUACUACCAGAGGAAACGAACUCACCCUCAGCCUGAGCUGAACGAUGAGGAUCUACACAGAACUCCAUCACAAGAGAGUCCUGAGUCCCAUGCAAAGGAAAUGGACCAGGAUGCUGCUGCUCUGUCAAUGGCAGAAAUUGCAUCCUGCAGUUAUGAGGCUAGACAGGCGGGUGUGAGGAAUGGGAUGUUUUUUGGCAAAGCAAAACAGCUGUGUCCCUUGCUACAGUCUGUCCCAUAUGAUUUUGAGGCUUAUAAAGAGGUGGCUCUCACCAUGUAUGAGAUCCUGGCUGGUUAUACCCAUGACAUCGAGGCGCUGAGCUGUGAUGAAGUGCUGAUAGAUGGUUCUGCUCUGCUAGCUGAGUUGAGCAUCAGCCCUGAAGAUCUUGCAAAAGCUAUCAGAGGAGACAUCAAGGAGAAAACAAGAUGCUGUGCUUCAGUGGGCAUGGGGUCCAACAUCCUGCUGGCUCGACUGGCAACCCGAAAGGCCAAGCCAGAUGGGCAGCACUUCUUAAAGUCUGAAGAAGUGGAUGAUUUUAUCAGGGACUUGCCAGUGACCAGUUUACCGGGUGUUGGGACUGUUAUGAGCAGUAAGUUGGCUGCUAUGGGUGUAAGGUCAUGCGGGGACCUCCAACAGGUGCCUCUGUCUCAACUGCAGAAGAAGUUUGGACCCCGCACUGGACAAACCCUGUUCCGUUUCUGCAGAGGUCUAGAUGACCGGCCUGUGCGCUACGAGAAGGAAAGGAAGUCUGUCUCGGCUGAGAUGAACUACAACAUUCGUUUUACAAGGAUUGAUGAGGCAGAGUGUUUCCUGACUAACUUGUCCAUGGAGGUGCAGAGACGCCUACAGGAAGCAGGGCUGCGAGGCCGCAGAGUUACUCUGAAGGUCAUGGUUCGCAAAGUUGGAGCUCCACUCGAACCAGCUAAAUACGGUGGUCAUGGCAUAUGUGAUAACCUAGCCAGGACUGUGACGCUCACUCAGUCCACCGACAGCGGUCAGCUGAUUGCUGCUGCAGUCAUCAAGCUGUUUCAUGCCAUGAAGCUGCAGGUUCAGGAUCUGAGAGGAGUUGGCAUCCAGGUUCAGUUUCUCGAGGGACAUCAUUCUGUCCCCCAGGACUCCACAGGUCACCGGACACGCUCCAUCAAAGACAUGUUACUUGGCCAGUCACACAACAGAGAUGGUGCAGAGAAGAACACACAUCAGGAACAGACUUCCUCAGCCACACCCCUAUCAUCUGGCUCCUCUCCAAAUCCUCUGUCCUCUCCUGACCCAGUCCCUGGGACGAGUAAAGAACAGCAGGGAGGCAGACAAACCCCAAAACAUUUACGAACACGUCUCAACCUUAGUAUUGAGGUCCCCUCCCCUUCACAGGUGGACCGCUCUGUGUUGGAGGCCCUUCCUGCAGAGCUGAGAGAACAAGUGGAACAGUCGUGGACUAACCGUGAUGGGAGACCAAAUAGACAUUGUUCAGUCAGUCCACAGCCUCCCUCUCUGAAGCCUCAUUCAACCUCCCCUCCUCAUCCUCAUACCUCUGGAUCUGCACUAAACACUCCGCCUGUAGGAACUUUGGUUCUGCAGAUUCUGAACCAGACAGACAGUCCAGGAAUUGUACUAGAGCUCCCUAAUUUGUCACAGGUUGAUCCUGACGUAUUUGCUGCCCUUCCCAGAGAGCUCCAGGAAGAACUGAAAUCAGCCUACAAUCGUGUAACAACUAUCCAGCCUCAGGCAAAAAUGUUGGACCAGAAGAAUCCACUGUUGCAGCUAAAACAGUCGGGAGUAGGAAUUGGCAUUGGUCGGGUGAAGCGACGCUACAAGAGAAAAAAUACAGUCAGCCCUGUGAAAAAAGGACCAUCCCCUAUGAAGAGACGCCCCACAACAAACAGCCCAGCCAAAACCCUACCACCCCUUAAAAAAUCGCAGGAAGCAAUAAACAUAGUGAAGACUGAAAAUGGACCCUCCACAUCCUCCUCUAAACAGGACAUCCCUGAGUCUCCGUGUAAAUUCAUCCCUCGCCCUGCUCCAACACUGGCCGGAGCUUGUGAUCUAACAGACAUUAAAACACUCUUACGGGAAUGGGUCACCACUAUAACAGAACCCAUGGAGGAGGACAUCCUGCAGGUGGUGAAAUACUGCACUGAUCUGAUUGAGGAUAAAGACCUGGAGAAGUUGGAUUUGAUUAUUAAAUAUAUGAAAAGGCUCAUGCAGCAGUCAGUGGAAUCUGUUUGGAGUAUGGCUUUUGACUUCAUCUUAGACAACGUGCAGGUGGUUAUGCAACAGGCUUAUGGUAGCACCCUGAAGAUAGUUUGAAGGAGGACUGGUACUGAUUUCACUGCCAUUACCACUUCAUGUUUCGCUACUUUCACAAGUCUUUCUGCAGCACAAAAUAUGAUACCUAAAUCAUGAUUUUCCUCCUCCUCAACUGUGAUGUCAUUGCAGCUUCUUCUCUUCAGUGCCCUACUAACACACAAAAUAUGAAAAAGUCACAAGGACCAUGGCAGUAUUUGAUGAGAGUAUGCACACUACAUUAUUCCUGUACCUCUUCUUUCAGAGACAAGUAACACAGACUGAGGGGCAAGAAAUGUACUCCUCAAAAUCCUGAACAGUGAGAAUCGUAGCAGUUUUUUGAAAAUUCAUCAUUUUUCAUAUGGAGUUCUUUUUCAAAGAAUGCCAAGACUCAUUUUCAUGCAUAUGUGAAAUUUUAUAUCAAGAUUUUUACAGGCAGUACUUGACUAUUUCUUAUAAAUUCCAUCUAUACCAGGCCUUGUAAGAUUUUGAAUUUCUCUUUUCCUGGUGAGUAUUUUCCAUCUGAUAUAGCAGUUGACUUUCCUUGUUUGACAAAGGAUUCAAUAGUGUUAACAGUUGAGGUAUGUUUUUUUUUUAUUCAGUUAUACACCUAAGCCAGUUUAUUGACAAUAAUGACGGUUGUAAACAAUCAUGGUGGAGUAUCUUUUGAGGUUUUUGAAUUUGUUAGCCUCGUAGCAUUCAUAUGACAUCAAUCUUCUAAUAAUCUUAGAAAUGUUUUGAAAAAAAUCUGACUUUUCAUCAAUGCUAUUUUGGUGCUCCAUGCCACUUGUACUGACCUGUGAAAUAUUUACUACUGCUGCGUCACAAAAAGUAGACACCAUAUAUUGUGUAUACACUAGAACCUUUUUGUCUUUUUCAAAAAAAGUGCCAAAUGCUGUUAUUAUAGUAUGUAAAUAAUGUUUUUAAAGCUCAUUGUUAAAAGGUUAAAAAGUAAAUAUGUAGAGGGCUUACCUCUUGUAUUGUUUACAUGUAGUGAAUUCUUAGUAACUGUCUUUAAAUUGUAAAUCUUCUCACUCUAAUUGUUUGUGAGUUUUCCAACAUGGAAAUCAGAAGCUGGCCAAAGCACUUCAUAUGGGGUUAACUGUUGAUUCUCAGUAGCACUCUGACUUGGGAGGAUGUUGGCAGGGGUUAUGGCAAUCAAUAAGUAGCCUAUGCAUUUCUUUCUUUCACUAAUAAGUGAGAUGUCUCUUAAAAAUUUCAUACAGCCUUUGUAUAUGGAGUAUAUCUUGGUAUUCUUGUGUCUUUCCAUUGGUUUCUUAAAUCUGAAUAUUGAGAUAAUACUGAAUUUGCAUAGGAACAGAUUUAAUGUUUAACUCUAACCCAUGUUGUGUACAUCACACAGACAUUUGUAUGGCUUGUGACUACACUCAAUGGUGAUUAGAAGUACUCAGCAGAUGUGGCUGACCUUACCAUGCAAGACAUUACACGUGUGGAUGAAAAGUUUGUUUAAAACUGUAUCUCUAUAUGCAAACCAAAUUAAUCAGUCAUUUUUAACUUGUUGAAAUGAAUGUAAUUCAUAAUGUGCAAGUCUCCACUUACUUCAAGAUGUUGCUUCUCUUCACCUGUCACAUCUUUGUGGAAGGGAAUGGCCGGGAGCUAAAAUUGGCCAGUCUUUUGUCUUCUCUCAACUGGCUUGUGCCUGAAGACCUGAAGCUGUGAACUUGUUUCUAAGUUUUAUAAAACUUGGUAAUAAACUGUAA